UUCAUGCGUCACAAGAAAGAGGCUCUGAGUCAAAGGCGGCCCAAGGGGCAGCCAUCAGUGAGCGCGCCACGCACGAGGCUGUCUUCCGGCAUCCUACUCUUGAAGACUUUAAAGCUACUUUUUGGUCCUCCCAGGAGAGGAGGAGGUGUCUGUGACCUUUGAUGAUGUGGCUGUGACUUUCACCCAGGAGGAGUGGGGGCAGCUGGACCUGGCCCAGAGGACUCUGUACCAGGAGGUGAUGCUAGAAAACUGUGGGCUCCUGGUGUCUCUGGGGUGUCCUGUUCCCAGACCUGAGCUGAUCUGCCAGCUGGAGCACGGGCAAGAGCUGUGGACUGUGAAGAAAGACCUCUCCCAAAGCCCCUGUCCAGGUGACAAAGGACAGCCCAAGACUGCAGAACUUACCACUUAUGAGCCAGCCCAGUCUGAGGGAGCCUUACUCCAGAAACAACUAACACAAGGAACCCCAGGGGACUCCCAGGUGUGCCAAGCCAAGGAUCAGGAUGGGCCAUCGGAAGUGCAAGAAGGACACUUGAGACCAGGGAUAGACCCCCAGAGGAAGAAGCUCCCUGGGAAAAUGAGCCCUGAACAUGAUGGUUUAGGGACAGUGGAUGGUGUAUGUUCAUGGAUUGUACAGGAGCCAGUCCCUCUGGGAGGUGCUGUCCUUGACCAUGACACCCAUGGAUCAGGUAAAGAUCCUGUGAUUCGGGAAGAAGAAAACAUCUUUAAAUGCAAUGAAUGUGGGAAAGUUUUUAACAAGAAACACCUUCUUGCUGGACAUGAGAAGAUUCACUCUGGAGUGAAGCCCUAUGAAUGCACAGAGUGUGGGAAAACAUUUAUUAAGAGCACACACCUCCUUCAACACCACAUGAUCCACACUGGGGAGAGGCCCUAUGAGUGCAUGGAGUGUGGGAAAGCCUUCAACCGCAAGUCAUAUCUUACACAACACCAGCGGAUUCACAGUGGAGAGAAACCUUACAAGUGCAGUGAAUGUGGAAAGGCCUUCACCCACCGCUCCAAUUUUGUCUUGCAUAAGAGGAGACACACUGGAGAAAAAUCUUUUGUGUGCAAAGAAUGUGGGCAAGUCUUUCGACAUAGGCCAGGAUUCCUUCGACAUCACAUCAUCCACAGUGGUGAGAAUCCCUAUGAAUGCUUCGAGUGUGGCAAGGUUUUCAAGCACAAGUCAUACCUCAUGUGGCACCAGCAGACUCACACUGGGGAGAAGCCCUAUGAGUGCAGUGAAUGUGGGAAAGCCUUCUGUGAGAGCGCAGCCCUCAUUCACCACUACGUCAUCCAUACUGGGGAGAAGCCCUUUGAGUGCCUGGAGUGUGGGAAGGCCUUCAACCACAGGUCAUACCUCAAGAGGCACCAGCGGAUUCACACUGGGGAGAAGCCUUUUGUGUGCACUGAAUGUGGAAGGGCCUUUACCCACUGCUCCACGUUCAUCUUGCAUAAAAGGGCCCACACUGGAGAAAAACCUUUUGAGUGCAAAGAAUGUGGGAAAGCCUUUAGCACUAGGAAAGACCUCAUUCGACACUUCAGCAUCCACACUGGAGAGAAGCCCUUUGAGUGCAUGGAAUGUGGGAAGGCCUUCAACCGCAGGUCAGGCCUCACGAGGCACCAACGGAUUCAUAGUGGAGAGAAGCCCUAUGAAUGCAUGGAGUGUGGGAAAUCUUUUUGCUGGAGCACAAACCUGAUUCGACAUGCCAUUAUCCACACUGGAGAGAAGCCCUAUAAGUGCAGUGAGUGUGGAAAGUCCUUCAGUCGAAGCUCAUCCCUCACUCAGCAUCAAAGGAUUCAUUCUGGGAGAAACCCUGUCAGUGUGGCAGAAGUGGGAAGACCCUUCACAAGUGUACAAACCUCAGUCACCCUCCGAGAACUCCUUUUGGGGCAAGACUUUUUGAAUGUAAACACUGAGGAAAAUCAUUUGCCAGAGAAAACAUCUAGCACUGCAUCUGAUCGUACAUACCAAAGAGAAACCCCACAAGUAUCUUCGCUGUGAGAAAAUCUUUUGUUGCAAACCUUUGCUUGUCAUUUAAAGGCAUGUUUUAGAAAUUGACCCAGCCUAGAGCCUUAUUCUAUAUCUGAGAAUUCAUCCAGGAGGGAGAGACCAGUGCUCAUUGCACACCAAGGAAAGCCUUCAGCUACAUCUUUCUCCUUAGUUUACACUGCAGUGUUAUCUCAGGAAUUUUUUUUUAAGAGGAGGAGGAUACUUAGAAAAGAAAAUGAAAUGCAAACACACUUUCUUUGAGACCUCUCUAGCAAGUCUCCAGCACUUUGUCAUGCAUUCCUUAGUUUACUUGGGGCAAGGGGAAUGUUUCUGAAGCAAAUGGCCUUGUGUCUUGUAUGUACCUUCAUCGCUGUCCAGUGUCGGCAGACUUAGACAGUUGAGAGAAGGUAUUUAAGGAGAUGAGGAUACACAAAUGAAUGGCACAUUUCGUGGCACCAAUUAUGACUCUUUAAGGCUUUGAUUUUUAAAAAACCAUUCUUUGUGUUGUUUUAGACACUUAAUACUCUGGCUUUUCUUACGUCCAAUCUAUGUUUAAUUUCUGCAGCUACACAGUAUCUAAAAAUGGAGUAAUUUCUCUCUCUUAUUUAAAAUUGAUUUAGCUUUCCUAGUUCCUUUGACUUUCCAUAUAAAUCUUAGGAUAUGUUUGCCUAUUUUUACAAAAAAUCUUGCUCUCAUUUUAAUAGAAGUUGAUUUAAAUCUGUAGAUCGGUUUGUUGAGAAUCAUCCUGAACACAGUAAAUGAUAUAACUGCAUUUAUUUAAGUAAUUCUUGAGUUAUUACCAUUUUAUAAUUUUCAACAUAUAGGUUCUGUACAUUUUUGUUAGGAUUUGUAUCUAGGGUUUUUUGUUUUUUUCUGAGGUAUAGUAAAUGGCAUUGAUGUUUAAACUCUAAUUUUCCACAGGAUCUUUGAUAGUAUACAGAAGUAUAAUUGUUUUUCGAAUGUUAUUUUGUUAUCCUGCAACCUUGCUGAACUCACUAUUAGCCAUUUCUUUGGAUAGAAUCCUUGCGGUUUUUUAAUAGAAGUGUCAGCUGCGAA